AUGAGAGGGAUCUCGGCAAGUGGUCUUCCAUGGUGGCAUCUUCUACUUUUCGCUUCGAUUUGUCUUCAGUUCUUCUUAGGUAUAUCCGGUGAUUCCAAGAGCUCUAAUACUGGAGCUAAGGCUGAAACUCACACUUCUUCCAGCAAAACAGGAACAAAAGUAUUCCUCAUACUGGUUGGGUUUGGGGCUGUAGCGGGAUUCUCCUUCUUUCUAUACAAACUGUGGCAGAAGAAGAAACGAGAUGAGCAGUAUGCUCGGCUGUUGAAACUGUUUGAGGAGGAUGAUGAACUGGAGGUUGAACUAGGCCUCCGUGAUUAA